UAACUUCAGUUCAGAAGGGGUUGAAAUGAGGCAUUUAUUUAACAAGCACAACCACUGUAUUGAUGAAACUGGAUCAGAAAAGCUUGUGUGUUUUUCCUAGUGCAACAUCUUCCUGUACUAAUUCAAGCCAUGCUAUGCCUCAGGUUUCAUUACACUUUGAAUGAUUUUGACAUAAUGACAGCUGAGGAUUCCACUGCUAGGAUGAGUAACGACUCCUCCAACAUGUCUACAACCAAAGUUCCCGAAGGUGUCGCUGGUGCACCUAAUGAGGCUGCUCUGUUGGCACUCAUGGAGCGUACUGGAUAUACCAUGAUUCAAGAGAACGGGCAGCGCAAGUACGGCGGGCCACCACCUGGCUGGGAGGGGUUGCACCCUCCUCGUGGCUGUGAAGUCUUUGUUGGUAAAAUUCCCCGUGAUGUGUACGAAGACGAGCUAGUGCCUGUGUUUGAGUCCGUAGGACGUAUCUAUGAAAUGCGCCUGAUGAUGGACUUUGAUGGGAAAAAUCGGGGUUAUGCUUUUGUUAUGUACACACACAAGCACGAAGCCAAACGUGCCGUCAGAGAACUGAACAACUACGAAAUCCGUCCUGGUAGGCUUCUAGGUGUUUGCUGCAGUGUAGAUAACUGCAGGCUGUUCAUUGGAGGUAUACCCAAGAUGAAGAAGAGAGAGGAAAUACUAGAAGAGAUCUCCAAGGUGACAGAGGGCGUGCUAGACGUCAUUGUGUAUGCGAGUGCAGCAGACAAGAUGAAAAAUAGAGGCUUCGCCUUUGUGGAGUAUGAAAGCCAUCGAGCAGCCGCAAUGGCGAGGAGAAAGCUGAUGCCUGGGAGAAUCCAACUGUGGGGCCACCAAAUUGCUGUUGAUUGGGCAGAACCAGAGAUAGAUGUUGAUGAAGAUGUAAUGGAGACUGUUAAAAUCCUGUAUGUGAGGAAUUUAAUGAUUGAAACCACAGAGGAUACAAUUAAAAAGAUCUUUGGCCAGUUUAACCCUGGCUGCGUAGAACGGGUUAAAAAAAUACGUGAUUAUGCCUUUGUGCACUUUACAAGUAGGGAAGACGCAGUUCACGCCAUGAACAACCUCAAUGGCACUGAACUUGAAGGCUCAUGCCUGGAAGUUACCUUGGCCAAACCAGUAGACAAAGAGCAGUACACUCGUUAUCAGAAAGCAGCUAAAGGAGGAGCAACAACAACAACAGAAGUAACUCAGCAACCCAACUAUGUUUACUCUUGCGAUCCAUACACACUAGCAUAUUAUGGAUAUCCAUACAAUGCUCUCAUCGGUCCCAACCGAGAUUACUUUGUGAAAGGCAGCAUAAGAGGCAGAGGGCGAGGUGCAGCUGGCAACAGAGCCCCUGGCCCCAGAGGCUCUUAUCUGGGGGGAUAUUCUGCAGGCCGUGGCAUAUAUAGCAGAUACCACGAAGGGAAAGGAAAACAGCAAGAAAAAGGAUAUGAGCUUGUACCCAAUUUGGAGUUGUCUGCUGUCAAUCCAGUUACCAUUAAACCUGGUGCAG